AUGGAUAGAAAAUUAGCAGAAUUUCACUUCAUGGGGAUCUUCGACAUCUAUAGAGAAGCUUACAAGGUUACAGUAUCAUGGAAAAAGAUCUUCUUACAGAUCGCGUUAGCUCUAACCCUUCCAUUAGCUAUAAUUUACCUAGCACAGAUUGAAAUAUCGGCGCUAGCCUUGAAUGCGAUUAAUCAAUCCAACUUACAAAACCUAGAUUUAACCCAAAUGGGAAAUCCCAAAUACACGGGCAACCUCAAAACUCGAUUUGCUUCAGAAAUGAUAAUUUUCAAUGUGUCGAAAGCCAUAUACGGGCUCUGCUCUAUUAUUCUCUCCCUGUUCAUGACUUCAGCUGUCGUUUACACGGUAGCCUGUGUCUACUGUUCCAAAGAUAUCACUUUUAAGAAAGUUAUGAGUGCGGUACCUAAACUAUGGAAGAGGCUCGUGAUCACUUUCUUGUGGUUUCUCUUAAUCCAGUUUGUGUACAUCUUUAUCAUGUCUAUAGUAGUAGCGUUGUUGAUGCUUCUGUUGCUAGAAUCUGGAAUCUUGUCGGUCGACAAACUUGCUGUGAAAUCAACAAACAGCAUGUCUGUUUUUGGCAUGAUUUUAGCCAUCCCUUUCAUGAUUGGAUUCAUUUACAUCAGCUUCAUUUGGUACAUGGCUGCUGUGGUAUCGAUUUUGGAAGAUAUUAGAGGAAUUAAAGCCUUCAAGAAGGGCAAGAACUUAAUUAAGGGUAAAAUUUGGAUUGUUUUCGUCACCAAUAUUCUGCUACAAAUAUGUAAUACGGGCAUACUAUUUUCCUUUAGCUCGCUGGCGGUACAUGGGGAACCAUUGGCUAUGGUUUUUCGAGUGAGUUUGGGAAUUCUUUGCUUAGUGUUGCUGGUAAUUUUCAUUCACUUUGGUCUAGUAAUCCAAACUAUCAUCUAUUUUGUUUGCAAAUCGCAUCACAAAGAGAAUAUUGAUAAGUCUAGCCUUGGGGAUCACUUGGAUGGCUAUCACCUUGGGCACUAUGUCCCUCUAAAUAAGGACGAAGACGUUCAACUAGCAGGGUAUUCUGUUUGA